GAAAUGGCUUCAAAUAUCACGGUGGUUGCCGCUCUGGGUCGACCUUUCACCCUAGGAAUGCUCUAUGAUGCGCGGAAAGAUGAACUGAUUCCAGGUUUGACAUUAUGGGAUGAUAAAACUCUCCAAGACAACAUAACGGAAUUUGCUCAUCCCAGCAGUAAAUUUGAAAUUUCUACAUCUGACUCCCUUGAAUCCAAGUCCUCUCUGCUGGAUAUUGAUGCUUCUCUGAAGGCCAGUUUCAUGGGUGGACUGAUUGAAGUGGGAGGAUCUGCCAAAUUUCUGAAUGAUACGAAGAAAUACAUGAAUCAGAGCAGAGUGACGUUUCAGUACAACGCUACCACCACCUUCAAGCAGUUGUCAAUGUGUGAAAGUUGUACAAUUGACCCUGGAACAAUGGGCAAGCAAAAGAUAGAUAUUAUUCAAAAGGGCUUUGCAACACAUGUAGUCACAGGCAUCCUUUAUGGGGCAGAUGCUGUCUUUGUGUUUGACAGUGAGAAGUUAGAUGUCAGCAAGGUUCGGAACAUCCAGGGUGGCAUGGAAGCUGUGAUAAAGAAAAUCCCCUCAUUAGAUAUUCAGGGAAAAGUUGACAUCAAGCUGACUGAUCAAGAAAAAGACCUGACAAAGAACUUAUCCUGCAAAUUCUACGGAGACUUCAUUCUUGAAAGAAACCCUGGAACAUUUGAAGAGGCAGUAGAGACCUAUGCAGAACUACCAAAACUACUAAAGGAAAGGAAAGAGAAUGCUGUUCCACUGAAGGUCUGGCUGAUGCCACUAAAACAUUUUGACAGUAGUGCUGCUAAGUUGGAGAAAGAGAUCAGCGUUGAACUAGUGAGGAAGGUGCAGUAUGCUCUAGAAGAUUUAAAGCAAAUAAAAAUGAGAUGCAACGAUUGUCUGGUCGACAGAAUUGUAGAGAAUUUUCCACACAUUCAAGAAGAGUUAAGCAGAUUCCAAAAACUGUGUAAUCAUUAUGAAUCUGACCUCAAGCAGACCUUGGCGAAAGACCUUCCCUCCAUCCGUGAAGGUAAAGAAGAAGAAGAGAGCUCAAAAGUUCAAAAACUUUUUGAAGACAGAGAGAAGUCACCAUUGAGUAAUGAAAAACUAAACAGCUGGCUGGAUCAUAAAGAGAGAGAGAUCAACAUCAUCAGGUCCUGUGUAGAAAUGAUGCAGGGAGCAAAGAUCGUCCAAACUCAGUCAGAGCUGGACAGAGAGGUUCUUGCUCCAGGUGUAGAGGAUGCUCUGUGCUUUGUUUUCACCUCUAUGGAAAGGGGGGAUACCUUUCUUGAUGUGAUGGCUGACUACUUGAAGUCACCUAAAUUAGGAAGUACCGAUGAAGACCAGUGGUACUACUCAGAUGAAGUUUUAAUCAAAAUGAGAGAGAAAGCCAAACUUAUAGAUUCAUUCGCAAAAGCACUCAAGAACAACAGUCGGUUCUGUUUUCUCGUAGCAGCUGCAGCAAAUAAGAAAUACACCGGAGCAACCAUCUAUCAUUACAAAGACGGCAUUCUGGCCACUGAUGGUUUUACAAAGUGUGACAUCCCUGAUGUUGAGACUGUCACGGACAGAAGAGAUUUGAUCUGGUAUGCCUGUGAUCUCACCCUGGACCCAAACACGGCAAACAACUACCUCACUCUGUCUGAGGGAAACAAAAAGGCAAAAUAUGGAACAUGGCAGACAUACCCUGAUUACCCAGAAAGGUUUGAUAAACUUCCUCAGGUGUUGUGCAGAGAGAGGUUAACUGGGUGUCAUUACUGGGAGGUAGAGUGGAGUAAUGGUUAUUAUGAUGAUGUUGGUGUAGGUGUUACAUACCAAAGAAUUGGCAGGGAAGGAGGGGAUGCAUUGAGCGAGCUUGGACAAAAUGACAUAUCCUGGUAUUUUGGCCACAGUUACGGGCUUCAUGCAUGGCAUAAUGGUAAGAAGUGUUGUGGCCCUCUUCCCUAUGCUGACUGCAACAGAGUUGGCAUGUUUCUUGACUGGCCUGCUGGCACUCUGUCCUUCUACCGCGUUUCUUCUAACACGCUGAGUCACCUCCACACCUUUCACACCAAAUUCACUGAGCCUGUUUACCCAGGCUUCCAUGUUAAAAAACAAGACCAUUAUGUGUACCUGCAUCUAGCCGAAUAAGAGCAAUGACAAAUACU